UAUCCUCUUCCAACUUGACAUAUAUAAGUCUGCUGCAGCUUCCCUCAUAUGUCAACACUCUCGAACAGCCACACAACACUGAAUUAAGCCUUGAUUGGUCACUAUAUUUAAUAAUUGAGGUGGCAACAUGUUCAGUACAGGAUUUUCAACAUAUCUGUGUUUGUUUUUUGCCUGCUGCUUCUGUUGCAGCAGAGCUAUGCCGACUAAACUCAACCACGAGGCUGUGAACGACAGACCUGUGAUCGGUAUAUUGACUCAGAUAGUUACAGAUGACGUUAUGAAACCAUUCGGGAAGACCUACAUACCUGCCUCCUAUGUGAAAUACAUUGAGUCUGGGGGCAGCAGAGUGAUUCCUAUCAGAUUGACUCUUACUACAGCUGAAUAUGAAAACAUCUUCAAGAAGAUAAAUGGCUUGGUUUUCAUUGGGGGAGCUGCAGAUCUGGAGACAUCAGAGUUUGCCAGGGUGGCGAGGAUUUUUUACCAACUCGCUCUCACGGCCAAUGAUGCAGGGGACUUCUUCCCCAUCUGGGGGACAUGCAUGGGCAUGCAGCUACUGACUGUACUGGUGGCUGGGGAAAAUUUGCUGACCAACACUACAGCUGAGAACAUAGCGAUGCCGCUCAACCUGACCACAGAGGCCGACUCCAGUAGGAUGUUUAAGGGUUUCCCCCACAGGCUUAUGAAGGCUUUGACCCAAGAACCUCUGACUGGCAAUUUUCACAACUAUGGAGUUACAGUAAAGACCUUCCAGGACAAUGACAAGCUGAAGAGUUUCUUCUCCCUGCUGUCGACAAACAUUGCUGAGAAUGGAGCCCACUUUGUCUCAACCAUAGAAGGUAAAACAUAUCCCUUCUAUGGAGUACAGUGGCACCCAGAGGUGAAUCGUUUUCAGUGGGACAAAAAUCUGAACUUUCCUCACUCCCCUCAUGCUGUUGAGUUAUCUUCUCUGCUCGCUGAGUUUUUUGUCAAAGAAGGAAGGAGAAGUUUACAUCAGUUUGACAAUCCUGAGGAAGAAGCCUCGUCACUGAUCUACAGCUACACGCCUAUCUAUGCUGGAAACUUCACAGGAUACGAGCAGCUCUAUUUCUUCUGAGUGUCUCUGUCCAUGUGUCACUCUGUGUGUUUACAACACACCACUUCAUAUACAGUGUAUUGCGCAACAGAACAUUUAACAUACCGUUUAUGGUGUAACAUACCACUUCACAUCAGACUUGCACUCACAAAGUCUGUCUGGUUUUAAAUUACAGCUCAGCCUCUGAACAAAGUGGUUGAUUUCAACCACUUGUGUGCUGAUUCAGAAAUGCUUUUCAUCACACUGUGUAGAGAUUACUACACCAGUAAUUGUUUUACCCUUUAAAAACUUUUAUAUGCCAUUAUUGCUAUUAAAGUGCUUAUUUGUAUAGAUAAACUGCCAUUUUGAAAAUGAA